AUGGUCCCUAGUGAACGAAUAAUUGAAAGUGUAACGCUACAAGGAAAUGAGGAGAAUGAAGAAUUGAGUGACGUUGAGGAGAAACAUCAUAUAAAAACAAGAGAAAAACCUUGGAGUUGCUCUCAAACCAAACAGAAAGAUUUAAAGAAAAGAAGAGCCAAGACAUCUCUCACCUGCACUCAGUGUGGAAAGAGUUUGACAAGCAAACAUAGUCUUAAUGUUCACAUGAGAGUUCAUACUGGAGAGAAACCGUACAAGUGUUCACACUGUGACAAGAGAUUCAUUUAUUCAGGACACCUGAAAAGACACGAGAGGAUCCACUCUGGCGAGAAACCGUACACAUGUGAUCAGUGCGGAAAGAGCUUCACACGAAAAGGACACCUUAAGAGGCACAUGCGCGUUCAUACUGGAGAGAAACCGUUCACUUGUGAUCAGUGCGGGAAGAGUUUGACACAAUCAGCACAUCUUAAGGAUCACAUGAUGAUCCACACGGCAGAGAAGCUGUACACAUGUGAUCAAUGUGGCAAAACAUUUUUGAGGGCACUAUACCUGAUGAAACACAUGAGAAUUCACACUGGUGUGGGAGAGUACAUGUGCUUUGAGUGUGAGAAGACUUUUACUUCAGCAAACACUUUAAAACUGCAUGAGAUGAUUCACACUGGAGAGAAACCUUACAAGUGUUCACAAUGUGACAAGAGAUUCAGUCAGGCAGCACAUCUGAAAAGACACGAGAGGAUCCACACUGGAGAAAAACCUUACAAGUGUUCACACUGUGACAAGAGAUUCAGUCAGUCAGGAGACCUCAAUAAACACGAGAGGAUCCACACUGGAGAGAAACCGUAUCAAUGCACUGCAUGUGGGAUGCGUUUCAUUCAAUUAUCUUCUCUACACAGACAUACAAAAAACAAUCACUGUAAGUAGAUCAUCUUCAGAUCAGCACUUUCAGGUCUGAUGCUGCGUCCUCACCAAAUGAGAUACAAUAAUACAUCAAGCAAUAAAAUAUCAUCUGGAUAAAUCUGUCCUAACCAGUCAUUACAAG